UUGAAUGUAAUUUUAGAUGCGUGAAUCAAUGCGUAAAUUUCCUCAUCAUCGCCGCAAUACUGUAUCACUACCCAUCUGGUGUGACGGUAUAAAACAGGAAGAUUUCACAGAUGAUAGAAGACAAUCGAUGAAUGACUUGAAUAAUUUCUGUCACUUGACAAGGGAACAAUUAAUUCAACGCGUUGUUCAACUUGAAAAGGAAAAACAGUUAUCGGCUUGUAGUCAUAUUGGUUCCAUUUCUCCAGUCUUAGGUUCUACCACCACCUUAGAUCAUUCUGAUGCAGAUGAAAUUCACCCUUGUCUGUGGAAUCAUUGUGAUGCAUCAGCUAGUUCCCUAGAUCAGUUGAUAUCCCAUAUUCGGGAUAUCCAUAUUGGCAGUGGCAAAGCAGCCUACUAUUGUGAAUGGUCUGGCUGUUCUCGAAACCAAAAACCCUUUUUAAAGCGUCACAAGAUGCAAAACCAUAUGAGAACACAUACUGGUGAAAGACCUUUUGAAUGCCAUAUUGAAGAGUGUGAUAAAAAGUUUUCCCGACCAGACUCCUUAAAUACGCACAUCAAAACACACUCAAGCAUAAGGCCUUACGCUUGUCCAGUAGAUAAUUGUGGCAAAGCUUAUUUCCAUUCAAGAUCACUACGUAAACAUGCAAAGUCACAUGAGACAUCUUCUUCAUUGACACCACCACCACCACCAACAGCGUUACCACAGCAUCCUUACAAUAGAGGUUUAAAACCCAACAAGUUUUACCAGCUAGAAACGCCCACAACAACAACAAACAUUACGCCUACUAUGCAACCUUAUGCCUUUUACGCAGACGUAAAAGUUAUGGACAAUUAUGAACAGCAACAACAACAAAUAGCCGCAGCUGGUACUGCUUAUUAUUCUUCUCAUUAUGUUCAAACCUAUGAUCAUCAACUUAUGACUCCUUAUUAAUUAUAUUAUGUCUUACUAUAUUGUUUCUUUAUGUGUAUGCUACUCCAAUAAAAACCUGUAACCCCCCAA